AUGCUCUUUAGCUUCGCCAACUUGCUUUAUCUGGGCGCGCCCGCUUUUCUUUGGUACUCCUACCGCUCUACUCUCAAAAAAUCCUCCGUGAGAGUCUAUGGACCAUGGUACCUACCCAACUUUAUUCGUGGCGUCAUCGCCAUGAUUCGUCUUGGCCAAGACGAGGAUGGAUUCCUACUCUCGGCUCGCAGAGUUUACGGCCCCGUAGUCUAUCUACCUUGGCCUCUUGAUCAGAUUUUUGUUCUGGAAGGACAGGCCAUUCAAAACGUCUACAAUUCACCGGCUUCUACUCUAUCUUUUGUCCCUAUCCGCAUCUCAAUGCAGGGAGCUGUCUUCGGAAGCCCAACAAAUGUAAUACAUCAUUCAGCUCUGAAAGACCGCAUAUUCCCAGUCCACGCACGCGGUUUGACCAAUGUUCGCCUGGACGCUCCCAUCGAGCGCUUCGUCCAAGUCGUCCAGCAAAGAAUCUCUGAUCUUGGCCAUAGAAUCGACCACUGCGACGGUUCCUUCCAGAUGCCCUUAGUGAGUUGGGUCACUCAAACCAUGUUCGAAGCAGCCACCAUAGCUCUCUUCGGCGAGGAAUUCAACGCCCGCAUGGUAGCAACAGGGUCUCGAGACCACUUCAACGCAUUCGACAAUUGCUUCCCCCUCCUUGUCUCCGAGCUCAUACCGGACUUCCUUUUCCCUUUCGUACCCCCACUUCGCAGUGGUAUCCGUGGCCGCGACGCUACCGCGAAACUACUCGCAGACUGGGUGGCAGACGGCAUGCCUGGCCUCGAAGAAGGCGUCAUAAAAGAUACGGCUGACAUCGGGCUUUCCGCGGGUUUUUCAUUCACGGAAAUAGGUACUCUCCUGAACAGCGAUCUCUGGGCUCUCCAAGCAAACGCGCCUUACGCAGCCGCCUCGUUUCUCCUUUACAUCCUACAAUCUCCUUUACUCCCCGCCAUCCAAAAAGAAAUUGACAGCUUGCCUCGUGAUGGGGUUUCCGAAAACCCCUUGAUAACCAUGAAGACACUAGCAUCAAUGCCGCUGGUCACAUCGUGCAUGCAUGAGACACUCCGCUUGUGUACAUCGAGUUUCAGCAUCCGCAUCGUGGAAGAGUCAUUUAUGCUCUCCACCCCCUCCUCACACGAUCAAUAUCCCCAGGGAUAUCUCAUCCCGGGUGGGUCACGCAUCAUAUGUGCAACUCGCGCCGCGCACCUCACAGACCCUAUCUGGGGUCCUGAACCAGCGGCAUGGGACGGAGAACGAUUCCUUGACAGUAAGUCCGACGCAGAGACUGGCGGAAACAAACUCUCUAGAGAAGUGAGAGGCUUUGGAGGAGGAGUUUCAAUCUGCGAAGGACGUCAUCUUGCGUCGGCAGAACUCAAGUGCCUGCUCGCGCUGAUGCUCUCGAACUUUGACAUUACGCCACUCUUCCCCACACAAGGCAGGGGCCCUCCUCUGACUGCUGAGGCAACCAAAAUCGACAUCAAGGGCGCCUCCAAAACGGGAAUUGCGCCUUCGAGAGCUCUUGGUCGACCUGGGUUGGGAGCGUUCCAAUUUGACGAUUCAGAUGUAAUUGUCAAUGUUGCUAGAAAAGCCACGUCUUAG